GAGUGUUUCUCAGACCCACCCACCACCUCUAGCUCUAGCCGGCCCUACAAGUAACCUAAAAAAGCAGUCCAACCAGCCUUGCAGCGAGUCAAGUCAACCCAGUACAUUUUUUCUCUCCCAGAAAAAUGAGUUUGAUUGAAAAAGCCAAGAUUGCCGAACAGGCAGAAAGAUACGAUGACAUGGCUAAGUUCAUGAAAGAACAUGUUGAAAACAGCUCUGUUGACUUAAUCACAGAGGAGAGAAAUCUUCUGUCAGUCUCCUACAAGAAUGUUGUAGGCUCUCGUCGUAGCUCCUGGAGAGUGAUAUCUGCUCAGCUUCAAAAGACAUCAAAUGAUUCAGUGGUGAAAGACUAUCAGGAGAAAGUUGAAAAAGAACUCACUGACAUAUGCAGCGAAGUUAUCGGGCUCCUCGAGACUCAUCUCAUUAAAAAGGCCGAAGACGCUAAGGAUGAUGAAGCACAGAUUUUCUACCAUAAGAUGAUGGGUGAUUACUACCGCUACCUUUCUGAAAUUGCCAAUGAAGAGCGCAAAAAAGUGACUACUGAAGAGGCCGAAAAAGCAUAUCAAAAAGCAGUGGAUAUUGCAAAAACAUCUCUAGCCACUACCAAUCCGAUCAGACUUGGUCUGGCUCUCAAUUUCUCUGUGUUCUACUACGAGAUAAAGAACAAUCCUGACAAAGCUUGUGAGCUAGCAAAACAAGCAUUUGAUGAUGCUAUUGCUGAGCUUGACCAGUUGAAGGAGAGCUCGUACAAGGACAGUACUCUCAUCAUGCAGCUCCUCAGGGACAACCUCACUUUAUGGACGUCAGACAGUACAAAUGAAAAUGAUGAGCAAGACCAAAACUAACAAAAUAGAUAUAGUGUAUAACUAUUGUAAGUAGACUAGCAUUGUGCUGUCCAUUUUAAUUUCAGUGUGUAUCAUUAAUUUUGGAGGUCAUUGAAAUAAAUUUAACUUG